UAAAAUGUGGCACAAACCAUAUUUAGUAGCCGCAGCAUGGAGGGCAGCGCUGCAGCGCCGACCGGACCGUCCAAGCCGGCCAAAGACGCUUUUCGCAAGUUCUGGCACGGUCUACUGCUGCAAAAGUACGUCGACACGGACAACAAGCUCGUCGAGAUCCAACCGCAUGUGUACCUUGGCUCGAUCGGGGCUGGCGCCAACUAUGAGGCGCUCGUGCGACUGCGCAUCUCGCACAUCCUCGUGGUGUCCGAGACGAUCGUGUUUCCGUUCAAAGACAAGCCCGAGGGCUUUGUGUACGAGCGCGUCGCCAUCGCCGAUGUCCCGAGCGCAAGCAUUGAGGCGCACUUUGCGGCCAGCAACGCCUUCAUCGAGCGCGCAACAUCGAGUGGCGGCAAUGUCCUCGUGCACUGUUUUGCGGGCAAGUCGCGGUCCGUGACGCUCAUCCUCGCGUACCUCGUGGCGCACCACGGCUACAGCCUCGACGGCGCGCUAGCCCAUGUGCGCUCGCUGCGCCCACAAGCGCAGCCCAACCAAGGUUUUAUGCGCCAGCUCGAGACCUACGUCGAGCAGCAGCGGGCUCUAUCACUCGAGAAAGCCCAAGGGUGACGAAGCGGCGCCUCUUCCGCAGUCGAGUUCUGCGCCAGUAGCAGCGUACUUGAACAUAUUCUAUAGACACUACGGUAUCAUUGUGAUCGUGAUGAGUUGGCACGAGAGAGGAGCUGUCCACCAAGCGUGAAGAGAUACAUGGCAGUAGAGAUUUUGC